CCUGCAUAACGUGACCAUGGCGUAUCCCAGCUCAGAACAGGCCCUUGUGCUGGCGGCGCCGCAGUUUGCGUUUACGCAGGAACGCGAAACAUUCAAGCUCGGCAAGGCCCUCAAGAGCAGCGGCCCCGUUGUUGUGCCUGUGGCCAGCACUUCGUCAGCGACACCAUGCUCUUUCACGACUCGUGGGUCGGCGGUAGUGAGCCACAAGCUGGCAUCUCGGCGUGCAGUGGCGCGCUCACGGCUUGCCGCGGCCCCCUUUGCCAGCCUCAGCUUUGCCGCGGUGACUAUGCAGCCACCAGCUAAGCAAGAGAGCAGCAAGGUUGCUACGAAGAAGAAGAAGUCUCUUGGAGAGAUUGUCGCGCUUGCUGGCAAGAAGGCGCUGUCUGGCGGUGUGCCGGGCAUGAUUGCUAUGGGCAUCCAGGUGCUCUCUCUGAUGUGGCUACGCACUACCAUCAACUACCAGUACCGCUACGGGACGACGACGUUGGAGGCCCUGAGGACCCUGUACGCUCAGGGUGGCAUCCCGCGCUUCUACCAGGGCCUGACUCCCGCCCUGUUCCAGGGCCCUCUGUCCCGCUUCGGUGACACCGCCGCCAACACCGGCAUGCUGGCGCUGCUGGAGGACGUGGACAUGCCCGUCGCCUUCAAGACCGUCGCCGCCUCGCUGGCUGCCGGCUGCUUCCGCAUCUUCCUGAUGCCCGUGGACGCCUGCAAGACCAUCCUGCAGGUGGAGGGCAAGAACGGCCUGAACGCGCUGUUCAACAAGGUCAAGCUGGGCGGCCCCUCGGUGCUCUACCACGGCGCGCUCGCCGCCUCGGUCGCCACCUUUGUGGGCCACUACCCCUGGUUCGCCACCUACAACUCCCUCAACGCCUGGCUGCCGCGCUACGAGGACGACCUGCCCAAGAAGCUGCUGCGCUCGGCCUUCAUCGGCUUCUGCUCCUCGUUCGUGUCGGACUGCUGCUCCAACUCGAUCCGCGUCAUCAAGACCACCAAGCAGACCGCUACCGUGCCCAUGAGCUACACCGAGGUGGUCAAGGAGAUCAUCCGCACGGACGGCGUGUCGGGCCUGUUCUUCCGCGGUCUGGGCACCAAGCUCAUCACCAACGGCAUCCAGGGCAUCAUGUUCAGUGUCAUGUGGCGCCUGGGCCAGGACUACUACAACAAGCAGGCGGCUGACAAGGCCGCCAAGGAGAAGGCUGAUGCGGCCGCGGCGGCCAAGUAAGGAGGAGGAGGAGGAAACUCUUCUGCGUCCUCUGGUGGUGCAUCAUGAUGUGUCUGAUGGAAGCUUUUGACGUGACGAGCCGGUACCUCUCGACUACAUUGCGUGGGGGGGUGCGUUCGUGAGCCUGUGCGAGCCCGUUCUUUUUAUACGCAGGCACGUCGCUGCUCGGCUGAUUUGGGUCACUGCUUGUUUACGUUAUGAAGCUUUUGGUGGAAGGCUUACCCCGGUGUGGUCGUAUCCAUGUGUGACUUGGUGGCUGACUUUAAAAAGACCGUUUGUCUCGUGUGAAUUUGGUAACGUGGAGAAAGGUGUGUGCCUGGUAGGGUGGCACGUGGGGUGAAUGUUGGUGAAGGUGUGAUUAUGGCAGGAAGAAAAGCCUCAGCAUUUGAACUUACAGCUUUCCGGGAGCCAGUCCGUGUGGGGUGCUCCUUGUGGGCCCAACCUCGGAAGAAAGCCCCUGGAGCGUGUUUGGGACAUUCGUAACACCAUUAUUUUACUUGUUAAAGCGGGUGUCUUUGUUUGUGGGUUUGUGGCUGUUUGCAUGGCGUGGGGCGAACCGGUGCUUGAAGCGCUGUGAUGAGACCUGGCGGUGUGUUCGCGAUGUUUCCUCGGAUCUGGUUUCGUGAGCAAGGAUUCAAGCGUUACUGUACGUGUCUUAAACCGUAUUCCUAGCGGAAGUGCCGCCUUGGCCUCCGUGGCUUGUUGCAUCUGUGUCCGCCUUAAAACUGCGUGCCGCGAGGUUCAUGGCCCGUGGCUUAAGGGCUUUCGCUGUUGCCUUGGUCUCCUCCUUGAUACCAGGUGGCCUUGGUAACAGCUUGACACAAACUGUAGGAGGUGCUCCCCUGCUCUUUACGCAAUAUGCGUCAUCCAGCUGUAAAAGUCUGCGGUGUACUC